CAAAUUCAUCCAUCCAUCCAUCCACCGGCCACUUCACAACAGCAAGUGGCAGUAGUUCGAUUCAGAGGUUGAGGCAUGGCAGCCCCGAGAGCAGUCGUCCUCGGCCUCCUGCUGGCGAUCGCCGUCGCCAACGCCGAGGCGGCCUCGGCGUCCGUCGUCGUCGGCCUGGCCAAGUGCGCCGACUGCACCAGGAAGAACAUCAAGGCCGAGGAGGCCUUCAAAGGUCUCCAGGUGGCGAUCAAGUGCAAGAACGUCCAGGGCGAGUACGAGAGCAUGGCGGUGGGCGGUCUCGACGGCACCGGCGCCUUCAGCGUGCCCCUCGCCGCUGACCUCCACGGCGCUGACUGCGUCGCGCAGCUCCACAGCGCUGCCGCCAACGCGCCGUGCCCUGGCCAGGAGCCGUCCAAGAUCGUGCCGGUUUCCGAGGGCACCACCUUCGGCAUCGUUGCCGGCGACAAAAUUGCCACGCCGUCUGCAGCGUCGCCGGAGUGCGCGUCCAUGACCCUGUGCGGGCCGAUCAAGAAGCACAUCAUCGAGCACUUCCACCACAAGAAGCCCGUGCCGCCGAAGCCGGAGCCCAAGCCCCAGCCCCACCCGGACUACGGCCCCGUGCCCAAGCCCGAGCCCAAGCCGCAGCCGCACCCGGACUACCACCCCGUGCCCAAGCCGCAGCCGCACCCGGACUACCACCCCGUCCCUCCCACGCCCACCUACGGCGGCGGCGGCGGCGGUGGAUACCACGGCCUAUAUAAGCCAUGCGUCGCCUGUUCCAUCCAUUCAUCCAUCGAGCAGCCACUUCACACAGGCAAGCAAGUGGCAGCGCGGCUCAGAGGUUCAGGCAUGGCGGCUCCGAGAGCGCUCGUCCUCGCCGUCCUGCUGGCGAUCGCCGUCGCCAACGCCGAGCCGGCGUCCGUCGUCGUCGGCCUGGCCAAGUGCGCCGACUGCACCAGGAAGAACAUCAAGGCCGAGGAAGCCUUCAAGGGUCUCCAGGUCGCGAUCAAGUGCAAGAACGUCGACGGCGAGUACGAGAGCAAGGCGGUGGGUGCCCUCGACGGCACCGGCGCCUUCAGCGUGCCCCUCGACGCUAACCUCCGCGGCGCCGACUGCGUCGCGCAGCUCCACAGUGCCGCCUCCAACGCGCCGUGCUCCGGCCAGGAGCCAUCCAAGAUCGUGCCGGUUUCCGAGGGCACCACCUUCGGCAUCGUCGCCGGCGACAACAUUGCCACGCCGUCUGCAGCGUCGCCGGAGUGCCAGUCCAUGACCCUGUGCGGGCCCAUCAAGAAACACAUCAUGGAGCACUUCCACCACAAGAAGCCAGUGCCACCGAAGCCGGAGCCCAAGCCCCAGCCCCACCCAGACUACGGCCCGGUGCCCAAGCCGGAACCCAAGCCGCAGCCCCACCCGGACUACCACCCCGUCCCUCCCACGCCCACCUACGGCGGCGGCGGCGGUGGCGGUGGAUACCACGGUCACCACUGA